CUGCUUCUUGCCUUCAUUCAAGUGACAGAAACGCCAGGGGCUACGUUUCUGGUAUAUUUAAUCACCCUCCUCUCUCCUUCUCUCACGAUUUCUAUUCAGAUACCGUCCGAAGCUAAAGCGACGAGCCGCUCUUGUGGUCAUUCUGAAGCGCUUCUCCUGCACCGUCCCUGGCUUCAGAUCGCGCAGCUAUGUACAGGGUCAUGUUAGAGAGCGUUCUGACAAUCCUGCUGAUUUUUACACGGCCCGAUCUCAUUCUUGGAACGGACGAGGCCGAUUCACCGGAAAAUCACCACGAGCGGGAUAAACUAAUCAACCAGCAAAAAGCUCGCCUCUCGUUGCAGAAUACAGCUGAAAUUCAGCACUGCCUGGUUAACACUGGCGACGUUGGCUGUGGAGUUUUUGAAUGUUUUGAAAACAACUCCUGCGAAAUCCAUGGACCACGUGACAUAUGUUUGGCAUUCCUGCACAACGCGGGGAAAUUUGACGCGCAGGGCAAAUCUUUCAUUAAAGACACUCUGAAAUGUAUGGCCCAUGGACUGCGAGGAAAAUUCAGCUGCAUCAGUCGCAAAUGCUCCACCAUUCAGGAGAUGAUCUCUCAGCUCCAGCAAGAGUGCUACCUUAAGCACGACCUCUGCUCCACCGCCAAGCAGAAUAUUAAUGUGGUGGUGGAGAUGAUUCACAUUCGACAUUUGCUUUCAAAAGGGUCAUACCUGGAGUUUAUAAAGGCUCUGUUCCAUUGCCAUGAAGACAUUAUGGAAGCUGUAAAGAAAAGUGUGAGAUCUCGUUUUGGUCAGAAUCUUGCAUUUAUAAGGCAAAUUUUGCAAGUGGAUUCCUGCUCCUCCAUCAAACAGACUGAGCAAAUCUCUCCAACCACUGCAGUUCCUGACAAAAAGAAGGGAGACCACCGCAAGGGCCACAAGAGUAGUGCAGAUAUAAACUACCUUGAGUUUGAUAGGGAGAAUGCUAGGAACCCAAAAUCAGAAAAGGAAAAAGGAGUAAAAAUUCACCCGAAUGCCCAUUCACGUGCCCGAGUUGCUGGUCAGGCCUCACGGCGAAUAACCAAUGAACAUGCUCGAGUUGGUGAUUCCAUUGAGCUGUCAGACAUCAGAAGGUGAAAACCCCUUAGCGAUGAGGACUUUCCAUGCACCCAUUUCUUUAUUAUGGACAUUCCAAUUCUUAAUAGUGCGGGAUAUGUGUUACAUGCAAAUAUUCUGGAAACUGUAGUUCGACUCAGCUAUCAGUUUCUCUACUUCACUUACAAUUACAAUAAAAGAACAUGACAAUUCCUUGAAUGCAGUGCAGCAUACGUACCGUGUAUCCCUGAACUUGAAACUAAACAUUAUUUCAAUUGUCUCACUCAACAAAUCACCUCAGCAUGCAUGGAAGUUUCCUUUAUAACUUAAAACAAAAUCAGAACACCUUACUUCAGGACGGAAUCUUUAUUAUUAGAUACUUCUUGGGUAAUUUUCUAAAAGUUAAAGCUUUUGCGAAGGUCUACAUGUUCAUCUACUGAUCACAUUUAUUCUAUUCUGUAAAUAUUUAACAUUACUAUUUAUUAUAGUUUCUGUAUCAACAAUGUACCUGUUGGAUAAGGUAAAUUAAAUAUUUCCUGUGUUGUACAUAUUCAUACCACUAGUUUUCCUAUGCAACAUAUUGCAAUUUUAUAUCAUUCUAUAAUUUUAUUGGUAGUCAUUAAUUCAUUAUUUAUUAAACAUCUUAUUAAAGCCUAACAACAACUAUUGAUAGUUUAACUAGAUUAUCAUUAAAUCUGGCUGUAAUCUACUAAUUAUUUAGUGCAGUUAUCUUUUCUGUCAUAGAAGUAUGGUACUUUCAUAACAAUUAUUACUAAAUUAGGAAAAAUAAAAUAUGUAUACCACAGCAUUAAGUGAAUAAUUUCUUACUGGCACUACAGUUUUAUUGCAUGCUUAAAUCCACACUUCAGUUUAUCAUCAAUUUAAUUUAAUAUGCAUUGCAAAACCACCUUCUAAAAAUAUUCCACCCCGAACACAAAUUUGUAGAGUUUAUGUUUUUUUUGCCGAAAUGGUAUGGGCUUGUUGAUAUUAUUCACAACAAUCUGCCAAAUGUUCUCAAGGUAGAUUAUAAGGUCAGUACAACAUUGUGGGCUGAAGGGCCAGUACUGUGCUGAGGUGUCCUAUGUAUGUUCUAUAGUUUCCUUCUCCCCUGUCAUAAAUAGGUCUAGACAGAUAACCAAUUUUGAACAAUAACAUCACCUGGAUUGCAACGGGUAACUACCACAACUACAUAUUAACUUCAUUACCACCAAUUGAGCCAUUUUAGGAUCGUCUUUAUUUUUGACAGUGGUUUCCAUAGUAACAACGGGGCAAGAGAUGGUCACAACUGUAAAAUUGUUUGUUUCAUCUUUAAAUGAUCAAGGGCCUUUCAUUACAUUAUCCAGAUGCUAAAUUCAUCAGAUUAAUUUACAACCCAAUGUUGUUUACUAAUUAUAUUAUCAAUUGCUAACUAUUGAUAUUGUCAGAUUUCUGCAAGGAGGAAACAACUCUGCUUUUAGCAUAUCUAUGGAUCCAGCAGAUUUGCCCCAAAAAUUCCAAAUGGUAACUCAUUUUGCAUUGCCCUUGAUUGGCUGUUUUGAAUUGUCCAAUUUACUUGACACACCUCUAUAUACUUAUAGAUCAGUAUAAACUAUUAAUUUUAAAACUCAAUAUACAAAUAUAUUACUAUUUAGUGCCCAUUUGCAGUGAAUAAUUUUCCUUAACUGUAACAGUAAUGAUAACUCAUACAUUAAAAUAUGUAGACCCCAAAGUCAUCAAAAAAGGAAUAAACUUGAUCCACUCUCAUUUGAUUAGAGUGUAGCCUGCUACCUCACAAUACUGUUAUGUAAGACACACCUGAAGGUAAAUUAUACAAGAUAAUCUUCAUUGUAAAAUGAAAAAAAACUAUUGUCCUCCAUUACAGUAUUCACUGUGAGAAAUGCUUUAUUAUUUUUUAGUCUUUGAUGCAUAUACUUUGUUUAAUUUGGAAUGUUUCCUGCAUGCAUCUUUACACUUAUCCUGUUCAGUUUACUGGUGUUUAGUUGAAAAUGUCUUUGUGAACAAUAAUUGUAAAGAGAAAAUAAAUGUAGAGUUGUAGUUGAGUAUAAGUCUGCACUCAGCAAGUA